AUGCCGGGAGACAGUUUAUGGUCAUGUCAGACCAUUGAAGAAGCUAACCAGAAUCAAUGUCGGGAUAGUUUAAAAGGGUCAUACCGGAACGAUGUUGCUGUGGCACAAUCAGGUAGAUUGGCCCCUCUUCUAUCACAGGCAACAAAAAACUAUGAAAAAGCUGUCCAACUUAAUUGGAACAGUCCCCAGGGACUCAACAACUGGGGACUGGCUCUGCAGGAACUCAGUGCAAUUGUUCCUUAUGGAUUAGCAGAGGACACUUCAAGAACUGGGGGAUCAAUUGAUGUAGAAGAAGUUUCAUCUAAUGAAUUAUUCAGCCAAUCUGCAAUUUACAUUGUUGCUGCUCAUGCAUUGAAACUGACUUACUCAAUAAGUGCAUCGUGUUGUUUCAAAUUAAGAAAAUUUGAUUUUUCUGUGCAAGUUGGUAGUACAUUAGCUUGCUUGGUUUAUGCUAGUCUCUUGAAGCUUGUGCGCUCCAUGAUUGGUAUUAUUGAGCUCAACAAAUUUUUAUUAAUAUUUGUUAAAGACCAUUCAUAUACUACCUACCAAAAUUAUGGUUCAAGGGUUGGAUAUCUAACUGCACCACCUGUGGGAAAUCCAGUUGCGCCCCACAGUGAUUGGAAACGUACACAGUUUAUUCUGAAUCAUGAAGGGAUCCAACAGGUAUCUACAUUGCUCCUCAUACAUGGCGAGUUCUACGGGCACCAUGUCAUCAUCACCAUCAGAAGCAAAUUGGCAAUGGAUGGAACGAAUUUCGGGAACAGUCAGAGGAUUACUGUAACACCCUGUCCCACAUCAGAAGUUUGCAUGGAUGAUCUUGGACAUAUAAAACACCACUACAUUGCUAUUAAGUAA